AGCAUGGGCGAUGACUGCUAAAAAAAGACAACGUUUGAAAGCUGCAAGUGAGGCAUACAACUAGUCGCACCUCUCACGUUGAUUCGUUUAUCUCAUCGUGAUAACUUGCAAUUUGGGGAAUCCUAAGUUGCAGCAGGAUGAAGGUUCUUUGCUUGGCUCUGACUGUGAUAUUAUUCUCAGCUGCAGCUCUUGUUAGUGCCCAAGAUGUGCAACAUGUGACUGUAGACUUUUGGAAGAACUUUACACUGACAUGUGACCUCACGAUGCACACAGACAUCGCAGCACAGCAGCCACUGAACAUCAGCUGGGAGGCCAUGGGCAAGGACGUGGUGCGGUAUGAUGGAAAUAUGCACUAUGGGUCGCUGUUUCAGAACAGGGCCUCAGCCACCUGGGACGAUGGGAAGCUCUCGGUCACGCUGCAUCCAGUGGUGUUGAGUGACGCGGACGUCUACGAGUGCUUGUGGCAUGGCAGGAAGACUCUUCGCACGGUCAUCAUCACGGUUUUGGAAACUUAUUAUGAAGAAGACAUAUUUGUUCGCUAUGUGAACGACAGUGUCCGAUUGCCCUGCUGGGGUAUAAUUUCUAAAUCAAGAACUUUGGAAAAAGUGUCGGUCUAUUGGAAGAAAAAUGGCAAGGACCUCUACAGUCUGGUUGGAGGGAGGCCCCCAAAUCCCCCCAGCUUCAUGUACAACAAUGCAUUUAUGAGCCAGGACCUGAUCCAGGAAUAUGGUGAACUGUCCUUAUUCAUUGAAAACCUGUCACCUGAAGACACUGGAACAUAUAAAUGUUGGUACAGUGACGACAACUUCGCUGCAGUGCCUGGGAUACCAGGGUCGGUCGAACUUACAGUAUUGGACUACAUACUCCCAACUGAGAUAGAUCCUUUUGUCGUCAGCGACAACAGCAGCUCCAGCCCGACCUCCUAUCCCACCAUGGCCGACCAGGAACAGGAAGAAGUCUGGCCAGAAAUGCAGGGCACAUCAGUUCCAGAAACCAGCCCGGGUGCUGAGGAGACUGUACCCCCACUGCCGUGGGUUCGGAUCGGAAUAAUCUCUGGGGUUCUGAUCAUCACGGCUCUCGUAAUGGGACCACUGGUGGCUAUGGGAAAGAUUUAACACAUCUUUUAGAAGAGAGGCGAUCUGCGUUUUUUUUUUUUUUUUUUUUUUUUAAACAUUCACAAACUAAGAAUUAUUUCUUUAUUAUGUGUGCUCAGAGAUGUCACUGUUUCAUCCAGUGGUAGGCAAGGAAAAACAACCAAUCUUUCUUUCCUUCCUGUUGAAAAAAAAAAAAAACAAUUCUGGGACUUAAUUCUGCUGACUUUAAAGUUGUCAGGACCUGUAAUUCUAAAGCAUUCUGUAAUGGUUUCUGGGACCAGAAUGUUCUGGUCUUCACGUGAACCUGAAUCAUCAUGAGCUAACCUGCUAAUGUGGUGCUGGAUUUGUCCAUUGUGAUGCUAUACGAUUACAGGCCCUCUGUGACAAGGGCUGAGAAGAGCAUUCUCAUUCCUACUCAGUUUUAUAGCAUAGGUGCUGCAGCUUUACAAGUAACCCUGAAAUAGAUCAUCCAAAGUGAACUGUUUUCAUCUGGACCAUUAUAUGUCUAAGCAGGAGGCCUUGGCCAAGUAGCAUGCUGGAUAUAAUGGCAAUGUUUAGUUUUGUCCAAUUUGCUACCUCAUUGACCUUUUAAUUACCCGCUUCAUGCUUAUGUAGAAAUAGUUACCAGUAGUGGCUAAACGUCGCCCAUGAAGCCCUGUGUAGUGAUACACAAGACUUGGCUGUAUUGCACCACUGAGGUAUUAUCUUUCGUCCCAACAGUGCCUCAGUGCCUUAUGUAUAAUCCAUCAGGCCUAUUUACGUGUGGCCUCUCGUGUAGGGAAACAGAUAUUGAGAGAGUAAUGCUAGUCAAACUAAAAAUACUUGAGCUCCUCUGAAUGUGCUGCUGGGUGGGAUAGAGGCAAUGCUUAUGAAAUGGACAAUGCAACCUAUGGAACUUUUGUUUUUCUUUCUUUUGUUGGAGAAAGAUCUCUUUUGUGCUUUGUACUUUGCAAAGUGUACAUUAAAAUGGUUAACCGCGAGUUGAUCAUAUGUUGGAAGACUGAGUGUGUCUGAUUCUUACACAAACCUGUUGCAAGAACACAGCAGGGCCAGCGA